AUGUUAGUUUUGGCAACACCUAAAAACCAAUUAUUAUUUAGAGUUUAUAUUCUUUUUACAAUAUGGUCACUUUUUACUUUUUCAAUAAGUCAUGCGGUGAUGAGAAUAAGUGAUGUUCAAUAUUGCAGUGGAAAUCUUAUUGUUUCGGGAUUAGAUGAUGGAACAAAGCCAACAGCCAUUCUCUUUGGAAAUUCUCAAUGCAGAAAUAUAACAUAUGAAACAAAUACUCCGACUCAAAGUGUACUUCAUUGUAAUGUCGAUUCAAAUGUCUCAAUUCAAAACUUUACAGUACAAUUAGUAUAUUCAGAUGCUGGAAUAGUUGUUACAUAUUAUGAUGUAGUUUUAUUAUGUAAAUAUAAAUAA